AUGUUUGAACCCACUGGCAUUGCAUUGAAUCUAUGUAUCAAAAUGCUAACACUUAUGCCUUUGCUAUUGACAUCCAUCAUGGUCAAAACUGUCGUGCAUGAUGCUGCCAGCUCAAUCCUUGCUGCAAUCUACCCCAACUCCUUUGCUGAAGGUUUUAGCAACACAGAAUGCCAGGCAGCAACACGUGCGCUGCUCCAACACGAUUCUCAUAUCGAUGGCACACAUUUCCAUACCAGAAAAUGUGGCGGCCUUCAUCCUUCCUACAUUGCAUUUAACUCGUACACAUCAGCAGACGAGAAGUCUAUCACACACGAGGAGCUUGUUGAGGCGGCGCUGCAGGAUGUUUUCGAUGCAAUUGUGAUGCAAGACCGUCUUGAUGGAGGGAUUUCCCUUCUUAUUCGCUGCCAUGGCUCUGAAGCCACAGCAGCACUUUUGCCAGAGCACAUCUCUCUGGACCUUUACAUCACGCCUCGCGAAUUGCGCGAAACUCCGGAGUGCCUGGGAGGAGAUGUGUCAGUGUGGGCGCAGGCCUUUGUUGAAGAGUUUGCGAUUCCCCACCUGCAACGUUUCACAGAACGCUGUCAUGUCGAGGGUGUCAUCCCUCCACAUCACUGUGCACACAUUCAUUGUUCGGCACAUCCUUCUAAGCAGUUUCAGCAUGACCUCCAAGUCAACUCCGAGUCCAAAACACUGCUAUCAUCUGCAGUACGGAAGGGGCGAGCUAUGGCCCUUGCAAACAAGGAUACUCUUAUGUCUGUCAGCACUUCAGCUGGAGAGAACAAGAUUCGACGCCGUCAGAAUGCUGAUGUAUUUCUUUCUGAGGGCUUGAAGGUUUCUGGGCCCGAAGUAGAGACACCGUGUUUGGUGGCGCCAUUAAUUAGCAUCGGCCCACACACGGAUGCUAUAAUGGACCGAUUUAAAAUGGAUGAUGCUGUGCUUCUCCGGCUUCACCAACUAGUCGGAUCCAUUUGUAGCAGCCGUUGGGAGGCUGUACUUCGCUCUUCCAAAUGGAAUCUGACGUACGAGGAGGCAUCAAAUCUCACUACCGCCCUCCUUGCAGAUCUUCAGGAUCAAUCUGUUUGUCCUUAUGUUAGCACACUAGAGAAAAUCAACUUAAAAAGCUGUUCGCAGAAAAUGGAGAAGACAACAGAGAAUUUUACUGCUCUGAUGGUUUUGCAGUCCUUCAUGGCGACUCAUAGGCGCAAACAUGUCCAAGCUCCUCAUCGCUGCAUCAAGGUGACCCUCAGCAAGGAGGCUCGUGCGGCACUUACUGCUCAAUGUCGUGAUAAAUCCCGCCGUUUCGAAACUGAUCUUCACAGUGCUUGGACCGAGAUCGAUGAGACUAUGAAAUCUAUUGCGUCUUCCCAUCACAAAAGCUUUCGACACAUCCAGAAUGAAUUAUGUAUGGGCCGUGGGAUGCUGCACUACCAAUGUUCGAAGUUAAAUGCAUGGAACACAUUCUGCUGGAAGAAGCGCAACGACAGGAAGGCAAAUGGGGGAGGCACAGGCAAGGCCGUGUUGCAAGAACUUGUGAAGGACGAGGAAAACUGCACCAAAUAUCACAAGCUCACGGAAGACGAGAAAGCUAGUCUUUUAGCUGAGUAUGCUGAACACAAGGAGACCAAGACCAGUGGCAUCCGCAUCUCAGCUAAAGCAAAGGUUAACAAUGUCACUCAUACCCUCAAGGCUAUCGAGAACGAGGCAAGUCUCACCAACUUAUGGGCGCAUACGGGCGUGGAGACUAUUCUCUAUACGACACAUGGUUCUACAGAUUGCCUGCUUCGUGGUGUCGCCUUUGCGACCGAAGGUGUCAGCGACUUUAUGGGUACCGUGAUGAACAUUGAUAGCCAGGAUUUGGUUAGUAAGAUGGAGGGAUUUUCUGUGCAAGGCAUGCAAGAAGAGAUUACUAAGGAUCCAAAGGCGAAGAUGCAUUGGGCGAACUACUGGCAUAAUGUGGUUCAGCGGUACCUCGUCAUUGUCAAAGGUUGGCCCGACAACAUACCAUUUGUCAACCUUAGCAGUGUCUCCAGUGCUCUACCAGACCUGGAAAUGCUCUUGCGUAAAUGGCAGUCCAAUGCCAUCCAUUGGAGGCGCCUGGAAGAAGAUGAGUAUCUCAAACUCCUUGAAGAGCGCAAUGAGAAGUUGGAGCAAGGUGAAAUUGCUGAAGAACACCGGCGGACUCGUUCGGACAAGGGGAAGAAGUGCGUACAAACUUCUGAUAGUUCUCGGCACAAGAAGGCAUUCAAGAGUGCCGAAACUGUCGUAAGUGAUGAUGAAAAUAACGAAGAUGAAAUGGCACCGGCUACUGCCUCCACUCAUGCCCUCACCAGUUUGAAUACAACGACAGUUCAGCCUACUCCCACUCAUGCACUCGCCGGUCCUACUCCCACUCAUGCAUUUGCCAGUCCUACUCCCACUUAUGCAUUUGCCGGUUUUUUUCAUAAUGAAUCCUUUGACAAUGAUACACCGUUCAACACUUCUAACUUCCUGACUGCUGCUGGUCCAGACUUCGGCAACACAAUGGGGGGCUUUGGGUUUGAUACGAAUUUCGAGGGUAUGGAGAAUCUUGGUUUUGGAACGACGCCUGACCUCACAAUGUCAAUGUUCUGA